AUGAAUAGAUGGCGAUAUGCAUUAAUUCAUAACACAAUAUUUCGACUAGUUGUUGGUAUUGCAUGUAUUUAUAUUUAUUGUGAAUACCUUAUUUAUUAUGUGACACAGAUUCAGUGUGGUUGGCCAACUCUGAAGAAAGUGCCAGCGAAGAGUGAACCUGUAUAUGCAAUGAUAUUAGCUGACCCACAUUUGUUAGGGUCUCACAAUGGCCAUUGGCUAGAUAAGUGGAGAAGAGAAUGGCAGAUGCACAGGGCCUUUCAAACUGCUAUAACAUUGCACAGGCCAGAAGUUAUUUUUGUUUUAGGUGAUCUGUUUGAUGAAGGAAAAUGGUGUUCUCAAAAUGAAUUUGAUGACUAUGUUAAAAGAUUCUAUACACUUUUUAAAAUUCCUGAUGGUACAAAUUUGUAUGUAGUCGCAGGGAAUCAUGAUAUUGGAUACCAUUACAAUAAGGAGCUUGAAAGGAAUGUGAAGAUGGCUGGACCUAUAAAAGGUGAUGUUUUUCGUAGGAUUACUCCAAACUUAGUAAAUAGAUUCGAAAAUAAAAUGGAUGCGCCUACGGUUAAUCUUAUAAGUAUACGAGGGAACCACUUUGUACUUAUAAACUCUAUGGCUAUGGAAGGAGAUGGAUGCACUUUAUGUUCCCGGGCUGUUGCUGAAUUAGAUAAAAUAUCAGAUUUACUAAAAUGUAGCAGUGGGUCACCGCUAUGCAAAGGUAAAUCAAAACUAGCUCAAUACAGCAGACCUAUAGUGAUGCAGCAUUAUCCACUAUACAGGGAGUCGGACAGUAUGUGUCCGGAAGUGGAUUCUGCGCCCUUACCAAAACGUAACACCCUAUUCAUAGAACGUUGGGACUGCUUAUCUAAAGAAUCAACAGAGUAUCUAGUGGAAAAUUUAAACCCUCGUGCCGCUUUCGGUGGUCAUACACACUAUAGCUGUAUAGUUCGGCAUAGCUUCGUACCAACAAAAGACCAUAAGAUUGAGUUCACAGAAUACACUGUGCCGUCGUUUUCAUGGCGGAAUCGAUUGGAUCCCAAGUACUAUUUGGCCACCAUAACGCCAGAAGAGGUACAAGUAUCGAAAUGUGAAAUGCCUACAGAAAGCACUAUGCAAGUGACGGCCGUGCUUAUGCUGAUUGCUCUACUUUGCUACUUGAGGUUCUUCAGCACAUCCAAAAACGCUUUCAAUUAUAAGCAUUUGUCGGGUAAGAAGGUU